AUGCUAUAAGCGGUAGGAUCGCGAAUAAAGUGUCGCUUUCGGAUGCGCUUCCUCCUAAGCCAUCCCGGUUGAAGCAAACAUAUCAUCCAUCGGCGUCAAGCUGGCCCCGUCCUGUGUGUCAUCCAUUUCUCCAUCGUCGUUUCACUUCCUCCUUGAAUAUAUUUUUUUUUAACCCAGCAGCAGCUUCGGUCCUCCUCCUCGCUGACCGAGAGUCAUCGCUCACUGGCCGGGGUCGUCAACACCAAACAGAUGCCCAGCCCAGCCCAGCCAUGCCUUCAGAUUUAGCCAAAAAGAAGGCAGCGAAGAAGAAGGAAGCUGCCAAGGCCCGACAGCGCACCAAGAAACCCGAUGAGGUGAACGGCGACAGCGAACAAUCGGAGAGUCUGACCAAUGGCGCCGUCAGCAACGAUAUCGCCAGUUUGACCAAGGAGCUGGACGAGUUCGAGCUGCGGAAGACGGAGGCCCGAGCGGUGACCGGCGUUCUGGCCUCGCACCCCAACAGUACCGACGUCCACAUUAGCAGCCUGUCCCUGACCUUCCACGGCCAGGAGCUGCUGGCCGACACCAGCCUUGAGCUGAACUCGGGGAGACGCUACGGCCUCAUCGGCCUGAACGGCACAGGCAAGUCCAUGCUGCUGUCGGCCAUUGGCCACCGUGAAAUUCCCAUUCCGGAGCACAUAGAUAUUUACCACUUGACCCGGGAGAUGGCGCCCAGCGAGAAGACGGCCCUGCAGUGCGUCAUGGAGGUGGACGAGGAGAGGAUCAUGUUGGAGAAGGAGGCGGAGCGUCUUGCUCAUGAAGACUCGGAGUGUGAGAAGCUAAUGGAGCUGUACGAGCGUCUGGAGGAGCUGGACGCCGACAAGGCGGAGGUGCGAGCCUCUCGGAUCCUCCACGGUUUGGGCUUCAGCACCACGAUGCAGCAGAAGAAACUGAAGGACUUCAGCGGAGGGUGGAGGAUGCGGGUUGCGCUAGCCAGAGCCCUCUUCAUCAAACCUUUCAUGUUGCUGCUGGACGAGCCCACCAACCACUUGGACCUGGACGCUUGCGUGUGGUUGGAGGAGGAGCUCAAAUCGUUCAGGCGGAUCCUCGUGCUCAUCUCACACUCGCAAGACUUCCUGAACGGCGUGUGCACCAACAUCAUCCACCUGCAUCAGAGGAAACUCAAGUACUACACGGGGAACUACGACCAGUAUGUGAAGACCAGGGAGGAGCUGGAAGAGAACCAGAUGAAGCGCUUCAACUGGGAGCAGGACCAGAUAGCACACAUGAAGAAUUACAUUGCCAGGUUCGGUCACGGCUCAGCCAAGCUGGCCCGACAGGCUCAGAGCAAAGAGAAGACGCUGCAGAAGAUGGUGGCCUCGGGAUUGACUGAAAAAGUUGUGAAUGACAAAACUCUGUCAUUUUAUUUUCCUCCCUGUGGGAAGAUUCCUCCUCCUGUUAUCAUGGUUCAGAAUGUGAGCUUCAAGUACAGUGACAACACGCCGCACAUAUAUAAAAACCUGGAAUUUGGUAUUGACUUGGACACACGAGUGGCUCUGGUGGGGCCCAACGGAGCAGGGAAGUCCACGCUGCUGAAGCUGCUCAUGGGCGAGCUCCUCCCCACGGAUGGCAUGAUCCGCAAACAUUCUCACGUCAAGAUCGGCAGAUAUCACCAGCACCUGACAGAGCAGCUGGAACUGGACCUCUCACCUCUGGAGUACAUGAUGAAGUGCUUCCCUGAGAUCAAAGAGAAAGAGGAGAUGAGGAAGAUCAUCGGCCGCUAUGGUCUCACGGGGAAGCAGCAGGUCAGUCCAAUCAGAAACCUGUCAGAUGGCCAAAAGUGUCGGGUGUGUUUCGCCUGGCUGGCCUGGCAGAACCCACACAUGCUCUUCCUGGACGAGCCCACCAAUCACUUGGACAUCGAGACCAUCGACGCGCUGGCGGAAGCCAUCAACGAGUUUGAGGGCGGCGUGAUGCUCGUGAGCCACGACUUCAGGCUCAUCCAGCAGGUGGCUCAGGAGAUUUGGGUGUGUGAGAAGCAGACCAUCACAAAGUGGAACAGGGACAUCUUGGCGUACAAGGAGCACUUGAAAUCAAAGAUCGAAAAGCAGCAAGCGCAUGACAUUUAAGGUGUUUAUUACCAUGUAAGAGGCGGGUUUUUGCACCACAGCAAAUGGUGCAGACCUGAGGCGAUCGUACGCAUCUUUAAACACGUGCUGUAUUUCAUCAGUUUGAUUGUGCUGGCUCCCCAUCACAUUCUCAUCCCCCUUCUCAGGCUGCGCUCUGAUUGGCUGACACAGUGCAUGGUGGAACUCAUUCCAUUGUGCUGUCCUAGUUUUAUUUCUCCCCGAUCUGUGCGCAGCUUUUAAGUCAUAUUUUCAUAUUUAAAAGUUGAUUUUCUUUCUGUGUAAAAGGAGAAUUCUACCUUAUUUAACAUGUAAUGCAAUAAAGGAUCUGAAUAAACGGAACAUGACACACUG